AUGUCUUCUGAUCUUCUACACGCUUCGUCAACUUCUUAUGCCCGUUCCGGCUUCUCAAAUCGCAUGGGAUGGGGUAAAAGACCAGCAUUGCUCAUCAUCGACGUCUGCAAGGCGUACUGGACUGAGGGAUCUCCUCUUUCUCUUUUAGGGAACAAAGCUGCAGAAGCUGCUCCAGACUCCAUGAGACAUUUGUUAUCCGCUGCGAGAGAAGGGGAAGUUCCCGUAGCUUGGAGCGAGGUGAAAUAUUUGAGACCAGACAUGGCGGACGCAGGGUUGUUCUGGCUCAAGGCAAAGCCCCUAGAUGUUUGGCUGAAGGGUGAUACCAGGGGCCUGGCUAAUUAUAUGGAUGGCCUUGAACCGGCUGUCGAGGACACUGUUGUCGUGAAAAAAUACGCGAGUGCAUUCUUUGGUACAACAUUGGCUAGUGAACUGCAGACCCUCAAUGUUGAUACACUUGUUAUCUGCGGAGUGAGUACAUCGGGUUGCGUGAGGGCGACCACGCUCGAUGCAAUGCAGCACGGAUUUAGACCUAUGGUCGUCGGUUCUGCUUGUGGGGAUCGCACAGCUGAAAUUCAGAAUGCCAACCUGUUCGACCUCGAUGCAAAAUACGCAGACGUUGUCUCGGAAGAAGAGGCCAUGGAAAAUCUUAGAAAAAAAUGGUGA